CACACUUGGAUAUUCUCAUAUACCAUAAUUAUUGAGAAAUAUUAGUGUAUCACGGAGAAUGUUAAGGUAUUACGGAGAAUAUUGGCGAGUAUUGGGGAAUAACAAAGAAUGUUUGUGAAUGUUGACGUAAGUCUAGGAGUUCAACUACGAAUUUUCUCUAUAAAUAUGGAGCACCCCCCCCCCCCCUCCCCCUCUUCACAACAUAAUUCAACACACAACAUAAGUCGCUUACGACUACUUCACACAACACAACUCACACACAAUACACACUCUGUCUCUACUUUCUCUCUCUAAAAACGUUUCUCUCCUCCCGGUAUCCCAAAACGUGUUAAAUCUCUAAACACUCAACACACCCUAAUUUGGCGGACUAAGCCAUGGAAUCGUGGAUAGUCUUACCCGAGCGGCAUUAAAUAGCCGACGAUGCUUAAUUACAACUGUGAGACCAAACCAGGUCUAACGUCAUCGUAUUUAUUUUAUUCCAUUCAGGUUACUAAUUUGAGCAUCGGAGGAGGUUCCACAGGACUCCCUAGGUGGAACCUUUUUUUUCAUGUAUUCGCACGGAGCUGGAGGUGGUUAAAGGCUUUGGGAAAUCAGAGCUCUCUGGACCUUAAACAUAUUGAAGCAGGCUGCUCUAAACUUGACAUCAACAGUAUCUUUCAUCGCUUUGUUGAUUGUAAAGGGGGUCAGAGAGGAUGAAUCUGAGUUUCUGACUCUUAAACACAUUUAAGAUUUUGGGUGGAGUUUGCAACAUAUGAAAAUUUAGAUGUCUAGAAUUGCGAGUUUGGUUGUUUUGAACUUUGGGACUUUUUCUCUAACCCAAAGACCAAAACAUGUGGGAACUUUGAGACUUUUGGGGUUCAUAAACGAUAAUCAGGCCUGGCCCAGACCCUGUGCUGGUCAGACCCACAGCACAAGGCCUUAAUUUCUGGGGGCCUCAUAAUUCAUAACAGACAGAGCUGCAUUCCCUUGGGCCUUGCUCUAAACUGGGCCCUCAUAAUCCGAGACGGAGCUUCACCCCCAGACCCGAUUGGGCUGGCUAGCGCAAGGCCCACUGAAAAAAUACAUGUACAAGACAACAACUGGCAAAAUCGAACCAUGGACAUCCACUUCCAUUAAAAGGAGAUUUAACCACUGAGAUAGAAGUAGUUUGAUGAAUUUAAAUUAAUAGUUAGAGUAUUUAAUGCCUCUUUAUCUCUUUCCCGAAAAUUUCUCAACUUUCUAAACCCAUGGAAGGCCUAAAAAUCAUUUUUCACAACAAAUUUUAAUUAACUCCUAAUCAAUGUUCAUCCCUCCUAUUAUUUAAUAAUUUUUAUUUUUAAUAAAUUUGUGAGUUAAAUUUUGGGGCCACAAUUUAAAAUUGUAGAACAGGGCCUCCAAAUAUCAUGUGACGGCCCUGUCCAAUAUUUUUUUAUAUCAAUUGUCUCUAAAUUUAUAUACUUUUUAUAGAAUAAAUCUACCCGCUCAAUUCCUUAUGAAAAUAUCUAUGGCAAAAAAAAAAAUCAUGCCAAAGUCAUCACAACCCUUUAUGGUCAUGAAGGCACCCUUAAACGUCAACCUUGUACUCAUUUAAUUGGUUCAUAAACGUCGAAUAUACUGUUCCACCCGCAUAUAGUAAAAAUAGUAUAAAGCAGUAAACAAUGCUUUCGGUACUGAGAAUAAUCCAACCAUAUUCACUUCUUAUCUCAUUCGCAUGGAAUAUGUAAAUUACACUACUAUUUCCUGCAACUUCCUACUUGGAAUUCCCAGCUGGCCUCUUUCCCUAACCAGCGCAGAAGGUGAGAAACAAUGGAAAACAUCUGUUGCGUGAAUCGUUGAAGCUGACCUCCAAUCCCUUCCUAAUCUGAUAUGAAAUGGCAAUAAAUAUAACAUAUAUAUUAAAAAAACUUGCAGCAUGGUCUUUAACGUACCAAGAAAAUGAGAGAGAACCCUCUGGGAGGAACAUUGUUGAACACUGAUGACGAUCAAGGCUAUAGCCAUGGUUGCACUAAAGUUUUGGAGGAAAGCAGCGGGUCUAACAUGAAGAAGAGAAGCUUGUCAAAUUUGCUAAGGAAACUGCAUGAAACCUAACAAGAUUUCAACUUUAUGUGCUAAGUCCAAAUGGAAUAUAUUCCUUGUCCCUCCCCUCUCUAUACUUGAGAUUUCAUACCAUAACGUAUGACCUUAUCAGUUCCAAAUUCAAAAGGAAUGAAAGCAUAUAUAUAUAUAAAGUCACACACAACACAGGCCUCAAAGUCGGUCUCUGCAGUUCAUGCAAGUUUUGUGACACCAAUGGAACCUUCUCUCCGCUUCAUAACUUUGAGGUGUCCCUCACUAACGACAAAGUUGUCGCUCUUCAUUGUGCCAUUAUCCACUACCAACAGGACAUUUUCUCUGAGUGGUGCUGGAUAAUAUAUCACGUCUUUUUCAUUCCUCCCUUCUGAUCGAUCAAAUCUACUUUAUCAUGUUUGAUUUUACGGUCUCUUGGGUUUUCCCCUUACUUAGUUUAGUUUGAUCAGAAUAUAUGUGGUAAAAGUGGUGCGGGGAAAUGAGAGGAAAUAUGAAAGGUUUUCUUAUAUUUUGAUUUUGAUUUUUGGUGUGGCAGAGAAGGGUAAUUAUAAAAGCUCGGGAUUUAGAGCUUUAAGCCAAAUUUGAGAGAUAAUUUCUAUUUUGUGUCAAUUAUCGGAGAUUUAUUCAAAUAGUUUUCAGGGAGUCGUGAUUAUGAUAACUAUUUUGAAAGAUUCUAUUGGAUUUAAGUCUUGUGCUUGAAUUUUGGGUUGGGGGAACGUAUCCAUAGUUGGACGGCCUUAAUUUAUGCUGCAAUUAUUUAUUCCUAACUUGGAAGACGAGGUUCAAGAACACCCGAGGAUGAUGGUUUAUCUCACUUCUUCUAGAGGCCGCCGACGAAAAUGGUGGCGGUGACGAGGUUGAGAGUUUGGGACGGGUAAUACAUGCCCCAAAACAUGUCCACAAGUCGGGUAAAACGGGCCAGGUCAAAUUGUCAUUCCUAGAGGCUAUAAUCCCUAAAUUCUAAAAAUCAAGUAAAAUUACAUGUAAAUUUAUUAAUAAAUUUGGAUAAUGUAAUAUAUUUUAAGCUUUAUUCCUCCAUAAAAAUUUGAAUUAUUUACGUAUAAGUUUUAAUCUCUUUUUAGAUUUCUGACUCCACUGCUACUGCUCUUUUAACAUUUUCCUUGAAUUUCCAGUUCAGUCACUACAUAAAGUUAGCAAAAGUCACGUUGGCCAAACAAAUGAAGAUGUAUAAUUUUCCAUAGAUAAGAGAACAGUAAGGGAUGGGAUUAGUACAAUACUAACCAUCUUUGUAGCCACUAGAUUAAAAUCACAAUCCAAGGGUUAUAAUUAGUUUGAGGUUAUCUUUGUUAAUUAAAUAAUUAAUUCUCUUAACCCUAAUUAUAAAAAUCACUCAGCCGUUCUCCUCACUCCCCAGCCUCUUUCUCACAACUUCCUCUACCACGAAAAUUGCUCCUGCUAUUUCUAAAGAUUUAGAUAUAAAAUGGAGUCUGGGUUGCUAAUGCUCUUUGCUGGUGAGGAACAAGAGAGCAAAACAUAGGGAGAAGCGGUUGUUGGGUUCGCGGCUGAGGGUGUCUCAUCGUUCCCUCGUCGACAGCGUCUGUGACGGCAGCUGGUAGAGAGAGCCGACGAACCGGCGGCAAUCACUAGCAGAGAAAGCUUUCCGCCGUAGAAGAUCGCAUCGGCUAGGAGUAGGUGACAUGCGCUUCGCUACUCGCAAGUGGAACUCCUUGUGCUCCCUCUCUCCUUUGCGGUUUCUCGUUGCAACACCGUUUCUGCUCUGCUCUGAAGUUGUUGGAGGUCGGGUCUUCGUACUGGAGCGGUGGAUCUUCGUACUGGAGAGGCGGAUCUGCGGCAGCCCUUGAUCCCUUAAUGGAUUGCGGCGGGGACAUAUCUGACUAGUGACUCUUGGGAUAUUAUUAGCGAUUUGUGUUUAUUUCUGAUCUCUAAUGAUGGCGAGCACUAAUCUUAAUGAUGGAAAAUUAGGGUACUGUUUGCUUCUUGGAUACUAACGUUAGUAGUGUUUUUCCAGUAGUAAUUGUGUAGUAUUGAUACUUAUGUUAUUAGUGUUUUCCGGUAGCAAUUGUGCAGUACUGUUACUGAUUCAUUUUAAUAAUGAAUAUGUCAUCCUUGCUUUCUAAAAGUUAGCAAUUACUACUACAGAGUACAGAAUCACUACUGAUAGUUUUUUAAACACUAAAAAAAAUGUAAAAUCACUACUGGAACACACAAAGAUCACUAUGAAUAUAAGUUGUAGUAAUUUUUUGGUAGUACAUUUUUUUACUUUGGAAAUCUGUAAUUAAAAAUAAGAGAAAUAUAUUUCAAAAAUUAAUUAAUUUAUUAAAUUUUAAUUUAUCGAAAUACCAAAUAUGCCUCUCAUUGCUACUCACCGUCAGAUCUAGACAUAUGUAUUGAACGGUGAUUAGAGUGGUUAGCACGAUGCUAACCCCUAUGGAGUUAGCACUCUAACUUCUCCCGAAUAGUAAAGGUCGAAGACACUAUAACCACACAUCGGUUGCAAAAACUAUUUAACGACCAGAAUGGUUUGGUCGCCCUUUUUAUCAUGUGUGCGACACCAGUACCAAUCGAUGGGUGCAUUGUAAUAUUGUGCGCGAAAAGCAAUGAUUUUGCGGUCAAAAUGGAUUGGAUUAUCUAAUCAUGACAAUAUCCACCAAAGACGGAUAAGGAUUACUUAAGAGUACAUUUCUUGUUGAUUCGGGCCUAAUUGUACGCAUUUUACCUCCGUUUUCUUUAGGCAUUUGUGACAAUUGUGCUCCUUAAAGGGUGGUUUUACGCUAGGUUUCUUGUGUUUUAGCACGUUUUAGGAUCUAACAGGUGAAACCAGCCCCGGAGUCGAAAGUUGGACGAAAAUGGCGAAAAGCGGGAGGAGAGGUGAAAAACCGGCAGUUCACGGUUUCCCUUGUGAGUUCACGGUCUGCUAAGACCGUGAAGAGGAGGCAUGGGCCAUGAACAUCAAGGCGUCCAGGGCACUUGUCAAAGUUACUGACGCCAGGCGAGUUUUCCCUUGUGAGUUCACGGUCUGCUAAGACCGUGAAGAGGAGGCAUGGGCCAUGAACAUCAAGGCGUCCAGGGCACUUGUCAAAGUUAAUGACGCCAGGCGAGUUCACGGUCACUAAGACCGUGAACUGGAGUUGUUGCCCGUGAACCUGAACAAGCGAAGGGGUGUGUUUCGACGCCAACCUUGAGUUCACGGACGCGUUCAAGAGUUCACGGCCGUGAACUGAGCCCGAUCCUUGUUUAAAAGGAGAGCUGAAAGGAAGAGAGAGGGGAGCCCAAGAGUGACAAAGUGUCUUCUUCUUCAGAUUUUAGAGAGAAAAAGAACGAACCAAAGAAGAAAGAAGGCUAGGGUUUGCUCCAAGUGGUGAAUUGGGAAGAUUAGCACAAACUCAAAGGAGAUUGGAGGCAUCACCAUGAUGGUUUCUACCUCUUCCUCUUGUGUUCUUCCCCUUUACUAGCAUGGAGUAGUUUCCUUUUUCACUUGGGUGUUGUGAAACCCUAACUAUUUGCCAUGUAGUUGUUGUGUGGUUUGAAUGAUUGUUUAUGGGUGUUAUUUAUUCAAUGAUUGAGGUAUUUUUCAUGUUGAUUGUGCAUGUCUGUGCUUAGCAAUCCAAUUGGCCAUUCUAACCUAUUAGAGGGAAAAUCACCUUUCAAGGGAGGCUCAAUUGAGUUGGGAUUCCUUGGGCUUUUUAAGUCACCAAUCUAGGUUAAUGUAGGGCAAACCUCUAUGUUGAAUUAAGCAAUUUGGUUAAGCGCAAUUAAGCCGACCAACCCUUGGGUUGAGUGAGAGAGUAAUUCAACCAUCGAUUGCCUUAACCAAGAGGGCUACUUGAGUAGCCUAUAAUGUAUCCCUUGGUUUGGCAAUCGAGAGUGUGGUCUACGACCAUUGUUGUAUUUCCUAGCGGUUCGCGGUCACCUUGCCUAUAGCAAUCACUUCGAUUCACAUGCCAUAGUAGUAGUUAGGGGGUAGCGACACCCGAGUGAUCCUUCUCACAAAGAGCUUUCAAAACCAUUUACUUUUGUCUUGUUUUACUUUAAUUAGCAAACUUUUCAACCAUUAUCGAUUUUCUAGAUAAUGUUUCAAACAAUUGAAGUAGGAGUACACAGACCGGCCCGAGUCGAUGUUUAAACAUACUUGCCAUGUAUUGCACCCUACCCUACUAAGGUUUAUACUUGGACCUUAGGAGAGAAUUAAUUGUGAUAUUUGGAGCGAGUCACUUGUAUAAUUCUCCUUGUCGUAAUGAUUCUUUAUGUGAUAUAGGUUUACUUGAGUUUUUCUUGUAUAAUUCUUGAAAAUGGUUUAUACUUGUUUGGUUGAGCCAAAAACAACUUUAGUACCUAUUUUUUAUAAUUUACAUUUUGUUACGUAAAUUUAAAUUUUUAAGCGAUAAGUACCUUUAAAAAAUUAUGUUCGGUGCUGAAUGUUUUUACAAUGACAUUUUCAUAUCUAAACUUUUCAAUAUUUACAAAACAAUCUAAUGUUUGAAUAUCAUUUGAAUCCACCAAUCCAUUUUGAUCUAUCAAUCCACAAUUUAUCAUUCAAUUCAAUUCAAUCCAUAUGCCUUUUUUUGUUUUCCAUUUGUCACUUCUAGAGGAAGUGAUUCACUACAACGAUUUCCUAAAAAGGCACAGUUAAAAGUAACGCACUCAAAGUUCUCAUUUGAUUCACAAACGUCAUCUUACACAGUCCCAACAGCAUACAUGCAAACAACGGUUUCGGUGAUGGAAGGUCACCGGUUCCAAACCCAAUUCACGUCUUCAUCUGAUUUGCAUUAUAAAAAAAGUACUGCAAGCUACUACAUUAUUACUACUGGACUAUAUCCUGCCACUUCCAUCUUCGUAUUCCUAAGCCUUGUUCCCCCGAUCUUCAGCAGAGACGGGAUGAGAAACGUAUAUCACCAUGAAAGCAUCUGAAUCUGAUACGUCAAGAUUUAAGCCUCCUUCCCUCCGCCCUCCCUUUCUUUUCUGAUUGGUGAACAAAAAAAGCACAAAAGAUGCACAAGUAGUAUGAAAUAGUAAUUAUAUGGAACCUGCAUAACCACGAAAUUAAUGGAAAAUAACCCUGGAGAGGAAUGUUGUUGAAUGAUGCAUGAUUGACAUGUCGGAGUCGGCUAGAUCGCUUCCCAAAUUUUAGGAGAAAAGAAGUGUGAGUCUAGCAUGAAGGAGAGGAGCUUGUCAAGUUAGCCAAGUUGACUGCCUGAAAAUCUAAACAAGAUCGACCAAAAAUCGAUAUGCAUGCUCAGGAGCAGGCAAGUCAUCCUUGGCUACCAAACAAGAAGCUCCUCUCUCCUUGUUAGACCUCUUUUCUCAAUGUUUCUAGCUAAUUAAGCUUGCUCUACUGCACAUAUUUGGCUAAUGCGGGAGCCUCUCCUUUAUAGCUAGAAAUUGUGAUGGGGAACAAAGAUAGAUAAACUGAUUCUUGCUUGCUUUUCUUUCCAUAUAUAUUCUGUCCCAAUCCAGAAAUCAACUUUCAUUUGUGACCACUCUCUCUUCUGGGUUCAUUCUUCAUGAAAUGGGAUAUAUUCUCUCUGACCCUUACUAGCUUUUUCUCUCAUGUCAUCAUGGUUGACCUUACUCUGCAAAUCUAAGUGGGAUUGAAGCAUCUAUAUUAAACCACUGUUGUGCCUCCUCACAAAACGUAGAGUCAUUUAUACUACAUUCUGCCACUACUACGCACUCCCAAAACAGCGCAUCGAUCUGAUUAGGCUAAACAAUUAACACAUGUUAGCCGGUACAAUCGGGUUCAACCAGCAGCGACAUAAAAUAGGGUGGAAUACUCCUGAUAUGGUUGGGAUGACAGAUAUUUGGCUUAUAAACAACAUUAACGUCAUUUUGGCGAAUUUAAUUUUUAAAAAAAUCAAUUUGUGACUUGUUUCAUGAAUUUUAAAUUUAAACGUUGAUGUUACGAAUUCGUUGAAUUCGAGUAUGAACAUCUAAAUGUUUAUGUUAUUUGUUGUGUUCAAAUAUAAACGUUUUGAUGUUUGCAUUAAAUGUUGUAUUCAAAUAUGAGGAAUUUUUAUUUUAUUUGAAAUCUUAUAUUUUUUUAAAAUAUGAAUCUAGAUAUUGGACAGGUUAUCUACAAAUAUGUUAUAUUUAUAUUCCUAAAUUUAUAUGCUUUUAAUUGUUUUCCAUCUCUCCAAAUAUUUUGUUAAAAUCAGUAUAAACUGCUUAUAUUCUGAUUGAAACAUACUAUCUUUUAAAUCUGCGUAAAAAUAUAAACCGGUAUGACAAUUGAUAUAUAAAGUUAUGUCGGUCACACUAACCACAAGUCAGAUUGGUACUGUAGCAACUAAUACGUUUGGUUGCUAUAUAUGUCCAUCACGUUUGCGACACUAAUAUUUCAAUACGCUGGCAACAUUUUUUCCCCGGUAAUUCUUACAGCAUUUUUAGAUCGAGCGCGAAAGGCAAUUAUGUGGAAGCAUUGUACAUUAAACCGUACCGGCAGUUCAACCACGAAAUACAAGUAUCGGACGCUCAACCGAUAUGCGUAUUUAUCGGUAUAACGGUUGAACUACGGUUAAACCACGAUUUUACCAUAAAAUACCCGAAAAAAACCCCAAAGUACACAUGUUCUUAAAAAAAUUCCCAAAAUACAUAAGUUAUAGAAAUUUUUUCAAAACUACACAUUUGGUAUUCACCGUUUUUUACAAACGCAGUGAAGACUAUCACCGCGCUUGACAAGCACGGUGAAUAAUUCACCGUUUUAAAUCAAAACGGUGAAGUAUUCACCGUUUUAAUCUAAAACGGUGAACCAAUCACCGCUUUAAACUAAAACGGUGAAGAUAUCACCGUUUUAGUAGGAGAUGGUGAAUAUAUCACCGUUUUAGGGCAAAAUGGUGAAUACCUUCACCGUUCUAGGUUAAAACGGUGAGUAUUAGGCACGUUUUCAACCCCUGUUAGGUGAAAACUAGGUAAGAGCUACCUAAUGUUCACCGUUUGAGACAAACGCGGUGAUGGUGUUCACCGUGUUUGACAAAAACGGUGAACUUUAGGCAGAUUUUCCUAUAAAUACCAGCUCACCAGCAAUUAUAAAAGCAAAACCAUUCCCCCCCCCCCCCCUCAAAUUUCAGCAACCAAAACCGAGCAUAAUACACAGGCAGGGAAUUUUCGGUAUGAUUUAUUUUGCGUAUUAUAGGUUAAUGAUGGGUUUUUAGUAGUUAUAGUAUGAUUUAAUUUUCGUAUUAUAGCGUAAUGAUGUUUUUAGUAGUUAUAUUGUUAUGUUAUUAUGAAUUACUUAUCGUAGCAAUUGUAUUACUUAAUUUUUGAAUUUAUGUUGUUGUUAGUUAGUUGAAUUUAUGUUACGUUAGUUAUGAGAUGGAGUAAUAUUAGUCGUACAAUAUGGUUUUGGUUAAUUUUACUGUCUUUAAACUAAUAGUUUAACUUAUUGUAAAUUGUAGAUAUGGGUAAAUUCAAGAAGUUUCGGCUUAUUAUUCGGUGGAAUGGAAGGGUGACAAACUCUGACAUAGGGAUUGAUUAUGAGAACGGUGAAUCCACUAUGCUGAAAAUUGAGUCGUGAUUCGAUUUUCAAGAACUCUGUGAUAUUUGUGCAGACAGGGUUUGUACGAGCGGACAGACAAGACUUGGCAAAAUUAGUUACCGGUAUCCAGACAUGAGUGCUGGCGGGGUUGUGUACCAAGAAGUUGUCAUAAACGAUGAUGACACGGUUACGAUGAUGUUGGAGUUCCUAAGUGAUAACAGGACGCGGCUUGCAGAGGUGUAUGUUGAGACCGAGGCGGUCGGUGAAACUUAUUCUCACCAGUAUUCUUAUGAUGAUGGUUUUGCAGGAGGGUACAGAUGGGGUGGUAGUUCGAGCAACUACGAAGGAGGUGGUUAUACAGGAGUUUAUGGAGAGGGUGGUAGUUCAAUCAACUACGGUGGAGGUAGUAGUGCAGGAUGGGUGCCGUCGGAAGAAUACUCGCAACAGGAUCAACCUGCCGAUGGCAUUCAAUGGCCUGCUUGGGGGACCUUAGCGGGACGGGGGCUUUAGGGUCAAAUUGUUACGAUUAAAAAUAAGAACAAAAAAAAAACUACACGAAGAGCCUCUUCGUCCAUUUUUUGGCAGAAGCCGGACAGAGUUUCGACGGGUUCAGGUUUGUAAGGGACGGGACCUUAGCGGGAUGGGGGCUUUAGGGUCUAACUCUAGUAAUUCUUUCUGAUGUGGAAGAUCGGAUUUAUCCGCAACCACAUAGCAUACUUAGAACGAGACUAGAGCGGAUAAAUUGACGGAGAAAGAAGAAUAAGUUGAGGUGUGAUUUGUAAGGUGGGGGGGGGGGGGGGGAAGGGAUCUGGCGAAUUAAAUUUCUGGGAUACUUCACCGCGUUUGUGGAACGCGGUGAAUACACCGCGGAAGUCAAAGGCGGUGAUGGGGGCGACGUGGACCAGCUGUGAGGCGUCGGAUCUGGGAAGAAAACCACGAUCCGCCCCUCACCGCAUCUGACGGCCACGGUGAAAGGAAAUGCGACGCGGAUCGCUGACGCAAACAAACACGGGGUAUUCACCGCGUUUGUCUAACAUGGUGAAUACCCCGCGGUUGACCACGUCAGCGAUCCGCGUCGCUUGAUCGUGGCCAACUACUACGGGUAAGUAUUCACCGCUUUUAAUUAAAACGGUGAAGUUUC